AUGCGCGGUCAAUUACCGCUGGCCGGCGCUGCUCGUGGGAUUCGCCAUCUUCGGAAGGUUCGCGCAGGUGGAUAUGGUUCUCGAGCUAUCCAAAUCAGUGCCACACCCACAAUAGAAACCCCAGUAUUGACUGGAGAUGCUCUGAGCAACUCAAUUGAUACAGAUCCCGCCGAUGCGAGGUUUGAAGUAUUCGGUGCGCCAUAUUCUCUCCUCUCCGUCUCGUUGUCGGCGUCGCAAAAGCUAUAUACCAGGCGGGGAACAUUGGUAGGACUCAGUGGGAAAUCCGAAAAUACGCAAUCAACAUUAUCCAUUCUUGAACCAUUUCGACGAGCUGCUCUCGGCAUACCGUUUCUAUACCAACGAAUUUCUUCAACAAGCCCUGUUACCGCUUUAAUCUCGACGAAAUCACCACUUACUUCAUUCACGGUCUUGCAUCUUAAUGGUACGGUCGAUUGGGUUAUUGCGCAGCGAAAAGCGCUGUUAGCGUGGACAGGACAUACACUCUCAGUAUCACCGAGUGCAAACUGGGGAAUGAGUCUAGCUCACUGGGGCAAUUCACAAGUUACGGGCCGUGGUCUUGUAGCUCUUGCAGGUCCAGGACAAAUUUAUCAAGUGGACUUAAAGCCUGGCGAGCAGUAUGUGGCGCAUCCCGGAAAUGUGGUAGCGUACACCAUGACGCAAAACCCACCAUUACCAUACAGACUUAAGUCUUCUAAUCUGAGAUUCCAAAUACCAAAUCUUGGAUUCACAUCUCUCAUCUCAAACAUCAAGUUUUUCAGAGUCAUGAGAGAGACUUCUACAUGGAGAGGCAUUACAAAACUGUUGUUCAGCCUGCGAACGGCUACGCGGAGGACGAUAUGGGGAGACAGGUUAUUCUUACAAUUCCAUGGACCCAAUACGAUAUUGAUAUCUUCGAGGGCAUCGCGUAUUAGUGAUGUGUUGACUUCAAGAGACGUCAACGAAAUUGCUGAUUCUCCUGCUGGAGCAGUACAAAAUGCAGUGACACUGGCAAAUAAGCCAAAGGCCGAUGAACAUGGUUCUUCGAAACAAGUGAUGGAUGUGCCGACUGGAUUUCAUACUGCGGAAGUUAGCAAAGAUGGGAAAGUUAAGUUUGCGGAUGUUGAGAGUGUUAAGCCGUUUACGAAUUAA